AUGGAUAUUCCGAAGCCUAUUGAGGGUGAUGUUGACAUCGGAACUGGCACAUUUCAGGCUUGCUGGGUCCUCACAGCCAUUGUUGGCGUGGCAUUGUUGUUCCGCUACGCCAUCAAGGUCUGGGUACGCUGGGCUUUGCCGCAGGUCACUGCACCCGGCCGAAUCUGGGGUAUAGAGGACUUUUUCUUUCUCGUAGCUUGGGUUUUUGAUAUUACACAUAUGGUAUUUAUUCAAAUGAGCGCAAACUGGGGCCUUGGGAGGCAUUUCUUCUACUUGACUGGUGAAGAGCGUCUUAAUGCAAUGAAAUGGGACUUCCUUUCACAGCCAAUGGCCGUCACUUCAGCUAUGAUCUCCCGCGCAGGCAUGAUGUGGUUUCUUUUGACUUGCUUUGCGGCGAGCGACAAGAAGAUACGCAAAUCUAUUAUCAUCUGCGCUGUUAUUCAGGUUAUCGUCAAUAUGGUUACCAUUGUCCAGAUUAUUGUCCAGUGCGGGCCGAACCCAUAUCAAACGGUUGGUACUCUCCUUCUUAGUGCUCUCCCCAUUCUAAUCUCAUCCCAGGCUAAUCGUGUACAAUACUUUCACUAUAUGUGGACGCCACUCCCUGAAGAUGGCUCUGUUCAGUGCCAAUCACCGGCCGUCCAGACAACUGUCGGGUUUGUGCAAGGGGGAUUCAACACCGUCAUCGAUUUCUUCCUUGCCUUACUCGCUGCCGUCGAGCUCUGGCAAUUCUUCCUGCGAACUCUUCACGGUGAUCCAAACACGACAUUCUGGUCCCAGUUCUGCAAAAUCAGUGCCACCGUCCGAUCCCGCCGGAUCUGGCAGACCAUCACUCUCAGCGGACCACUGAUCCUUUCCGGCUGUGCUUCUAUUGUAAAAACCUAUAAACUCAAAUCCCUCGGUGACAGACAAGACUUCACUUAUAAUAUCGUGACCUUCGUUCUCUGGGUAAAAAUUGAAAAUUAUAGCAUUCUCCUGGCCUCAUGUGCGCCAGUAGCCCGUCUCUUCCUCCGCUCCUUUGUUGACCAGAGACGCGAAGGCCGCACUCACGGCUACUGGUCUCGCACUCAGUCAACGGACCACAAUAAUCCUGACACGGAGCUCAAACGCCGCGCUAUUGGGAAGGACCAGUGGCUGGAUUCUACUACAGCGACUAGUGUGACCAACACUUGUAUUCACGAUGAGGAGAAUCCGGUGACACGGUGGAAUGGGCAUAAGUUAUCGAGUAAUCGGGUUUCGAAGGAGGUGUCAGGGAAUCUUGAUGAUGGAUGUGUUACUGUUAAGACAGAUAUUGUUGUUCAGGUUGGCAAUAGGAUGUCAACUUCUUCAGGUGGGAUGAGUUUACCUAACGGGGGUGAGGCUCAUUCCGGGGGCUUUCAUUGA